AUGUAUAAUUUAUACGUUCGAAUAUCUAUUAUAUGUGGUGCUUUGUCAACUUCAUAUUUUGUCAAUUAGUAUUUUGAAGAGACUUACUUUCGGAGGCUCCGAUUCAUCAGAAAAUUAGCAAGAACCUAUUUUAAGAAAGAUGAUGGUACAGAGUUGUUCGACGAUUAGAUUAUUGGUAAUGUAGUCGCUAGGAGUGAUGGAAUGCAUCUACAUUUUGGUAACAUGAAACAAUAUGUUGCAUAAAAGUUUUCCACACCUACAGCAAUCAUUUAUGUUUAAAAAGUGGAGGCCAUCAAAAAAAUAGUAUAAAAAGCAGCUAAAUAUGGAUUUAAAGUUACUACUAUGGAUGUUGAUAGUAUUGAAGACUAUAAACAAUAGUUAUAAAAUAAUCUAAACUUAUCUUAAAAGGAGAUAAAGAGGCUUACUUAUUGUAAAUUCCCUUUUUUAAUCAUUAAUCUUAGGAAGGUUCAGCAUAAAGAAUAUGAUUAGUAAACUCAAAUUGUUAAAGUAGGAGUAGGAAAUAGAGUGUAAGAUGUGAAUUAAUUUUUGGCCUAAUAUGGAAGAAGAAUCCCAUUAUCGGGGUAACAAAGAUUAUUUACCAUUUUAAGUGACAAUUCUACUCCCUUGGAUUCAGUGGAAUAUGACAAUCUAAACUAAAUUGUUACUGGGUUAGUUGCUAUUUCACCAACCUCUCAUCAACUUCAAACUGAAAGUCCCACAGCUUCACCUAUCAUCAAUUAAUUAUUUAUUGGGCAAUAACAUCGAUUUGGAAUUGUAUAUGAAGUUUCACUAAAAACUGAAUCUUUGGAAUUACCUGUUAAAUAAGAGAUUAAUUUAGACAAAAAAUUUAUCAGUAAAACUAAUUUGUACUAUUUGUUCGAUUCAUUAAUUAAAUUAUCUUAAUAACAAAGAUAAAAAGUAUAAAUUUAAAUAAAUUGAUUAGAUCUAAUUUCUCUAUGAUUGUAAUUCGAACUAAUAUAAAAUAAUCUAAUAAGGAACCUAAAACCUCCCAGAUUUGAAGUAAACUCUAGAUAAUGUAGUUGAUAAAUAUGUGACACGAUAAUUAUGGAAUCACAAUAGUAAUAAACAGACCAACAACAAUAUUAAUCACAAUAGUAAUAAAUAGACCAACAAUAUUAAUCACAAUAAUAAUUUAAAUGAAGAAAUGACUCUGCAAUUAAAAUAUCAGCUUUCUUCUUAGCAAUUAUUAUCUUGCCUACUACAACUAAAAGAAUUACAAUUGAAAUAGCAGUAACAAUAAUUUUUAGUGCAGGUUGAUUUCAAAACUGGAUUUCUUACUGUAAACAUUAAUAAUCAUCUGCCAUCAAAUGAAAAAUUAUAAAUGGUCAAAUCGUUUACUCAUUAUAUAAGUAAUAGAAAAGGCAGAUUUAUUUAAUGCAAUGAUAAAUUAAUUAACAGAAUGCUCAAAUUAGAAACUUACCCUAUGGAAUUAGGAUUGAAUUCUAUGAGAUUGGAGCAUUAGUUUGCAGAGUUGAUCGAUAAAAAUUAAGUAAUGUUUCAUGAAUUUUUAUAACAUACUGAGUUGGAUGAACAAAUUAGUUGA